AUGGCUCUCGAGCUGACCAGACUCCCCGGCUGUAUCCGGAUCGCCCAGCCGCGAGACCUGAACGUCGUCACCAGCCUUUACAUGGAACAGGCGACGCAGAUCCCGGAAAUCGCCUGGUGCUAUCCCUACUGGGACCGGAGCGAAGCCUGCUUCGACGCCUUCCACGCCUUUGUCUACAACGACUUUCUGACCAGAGUGCAGGGCCACGGCGGCCCCAACAACAACCGCUGGCUGGCCGUAUACGAGGACCAGUUCGGGAGGGUGACGGGCUUCGUGGCCUGGAAUGUGCGCCACCGCGUGCUCCGCGGGGCGCGCGCGCCGGCCCCUGGCUUUAGCGUCGGUGUCAGCCGCGGCGACAUGGCGCGGAUCCGGGGCCAGGCGCGGCAAAACGCGUGGGCGCUCGCGGGGCGCGACGGCGUCUACUACGACGAGUUCCGCAGCAACGUCAUGGAGCUGUACCAUGAGCGAGCGGCGCGCGAGAUGCUAGGCCGGCGCGGGGCCAACGGCGCGCAGAACGGGGUCGUUACGGUCGAGCUCGUGUGCGUGGCGCAGGAGCGCAAGCGAGCGGGCAUCGGCGCCGAGCUGGUCGCCUUUGUCGUCGGCGGCACGCGCCGGAGUGGCUACUACGUCAUGACCGAGGUCAGCGACACGGGCAUUCACGGCUGGCUGCAGAAGCUCGGCUUCAGCCAGCUGUCGGCCGCCUCGGCCAUGGAGCCCGAUCGGCACGACCAGGUCGACCGGCGCGAGGCCUUUGUCAUUGCCGUCUGGGGACUUUUGCCGUGGCAAAAUGUUCGGGUCAAGAGCGGCGGCGUGUGGCAAGACCAGCCAGACAGCGAGCGAGCGGCUGCUUACUGAGUUAUUUUAUACUACAUUCCGCGACGAUUUUACAGGAAGUUGAUUCCAUACAUCUGCUUGUUGAACAAUGAAACCAAUGAAACUAAUGAACCCAAUGAAACCAAACUAAGCCUCUCCCCAAAUCUCGUCCGCAAUGUCCCGCACCAGCUUGAGCUUGGCCUUUUCCUCGUC